GCUCUGAUGAAGAUGAACAAAUGCAGAUCACCCCUUUGAUGGUUGUCAUCUUUGUCAUAUUCAUCUGCCUGUUUCUGCUGUUGGUCUAUUAUCUCUAUAAAUAUGUGGUUUAUGUUAUAAUUGCUAUAUUUGCUAUCGCCUCGGCAUCUGGAACAUUCGAGUGCCUUAAUGCCUUUGCUCUUAAAAUACCACUUUGUACAUGCAGAAUACAUGUGCCUUUCACUUCUGGUCCUGAAAAACAUGUCCUUGUCAGGACAAUGAUUGUUUGCGGGAUUUCGCUUGGUUUAGCCACCUGGUGGGUUAUUGUACGCAACGAAAGCUACGGUUGGAUCUUACAAGACAUUCUUGGCGUGUUAUUUUGUAUAUCGAUAUUGAAGAAUCUACGGUUGCCAAGCAUGAAGAUUUGUACCUUACUGCUGGUGUUACUUCUGAUCUAUGACGUUUUCUUCGUCUUCAUCACCCCACUUUUUUCUGCUGGUCAUAACAGCGUUAUGGUCGACGUCGCUACAGGUGAAGGACACAAAGAACAGCUUCCGAUGGUUCUCAAAGUUCCACGUAUCAUCCGCUCUGCUCUGUUGAUAUGUGAAAGAAGGGAUUACUCAUUGCUAGGUUUUGGAGAUGUUUUAGUGCCUGGUCUUUUCGUUUCAUUUUGUCAUUCUUUCGACCGAAUGGCAAAGACGCCAUAUCGAAUAUACUACAUUGCCAGUUCGAUUGCGUAUGGCAUCGGUCUUCUUAUCACAUUUGCUGCUUUGUAUUUUAUGAAAGAAGGUCAGCCUGCUCUGGUCUACCUCGUGCCGUCGACGUUACUAACAGUUAUGAUUAUUAGUUUAAUACGAAAAGAGUUUUGGGAUCUAUGGAAUGGAUCGUGUAAAUCCACCAACCCUAUCACUCAACCGUUAGUACAAAGCGACAAUGAAGACGACUGUGUUUAUGACAGAGAAACGGACACACGUCGGUCGAGCACGUCUAGUAACGUAAACAAUGAAAGUCAAAAUAGUGAAAAACAACAUUUAAUUAACUAACCAAUUUAACUAACCAUUAAAGCUAUGAAGAAAUUCUAGUAUAUUGUUUAAAAUAAUUGUGCGCUGAAUAUGAACUUUAUUCAGUAAUUUUGGGGGACGUUGUAUAAAGAAUAUUGUAAAAUUGUUGACGUUGAGUUACGUUGUAUAGUCCUUAAUUUUAUCACCGAAUAAUUUCAGCGGUCUGUUGUAUAGCGUCUCUGCUAUAGCUAGAUAUGCAUCUAUUAAAGUGUGGUUUCCAUAACUUCUUAUUUUUCACAAAGUUUACAUCGUAUAUGAAGUAGAAAAAUAUUGCUUAUAUGCAAGAAGUACUUUUCUAUACUGAUAUGAAAUACUAAUUAAAUUUGUAAGAAUACGUCUUUCACUGGAGUCAGAAUAACAAUUUUAUAUACGUUUAUGAUCGUGAUUUGGCAAGU